AUGGCUCGGUUAUGCAUGGUGCGAGGAAUCCGCACUCACGAUGGCUUCGCGCAGGAGCUGCACGGGCAUCUUCCUGAAUUCACAGGCGCUUUAAAUGCGCGUGCAAUUAUGAGCAAUCGAGUUCCAAACAUGAGAUCACCGGAUGAUUUCCCUUACAGUUUCUGGCAUCCAGAUAUCCCAGUCUGUUCGGCUCUCCUUGACCUAGUGGGACGAUAUCCUGGGAACGACCUAUUGCGGUACCAGGUCGGGCGCGCACGCGCUGCAGGAUGCUACAUCUCACUCUACCUGGAGCUCGACCUGCCGCUGGGCGCGGCUAUUACAGAGGAAGCGCACGACAAUCGGACGUCCGGGCAAGCAAUCUACGAGCGCAUUAUCAACAGCCCUACCAGGUGGGCCCGUAUGGAUGACUACAAGCGCUGUCUACACUCACCCCUACGUUCUGGAGCCCAUUUGCACAGUGACACAUGUGUGCAGUCUAUGCUUGAUCAAACCCUACCGGUGGGUGAUAGCCUCUACCUUCACCGGUUGAUCCGGAAGCUGUCCGAUUAUCGUGCGAACCACUGCCCGCUGAUCUGUCCACCAUUUUUUGAUUCUUCUCGAAUCCUCCCAGAACACGCUAAUCUAUACCGGGCUUAG